AUGGCGCUGGCGGCAGAAUCGACCCUUGGUUCGGCGCUCGAAGCGGUGGACGUGACGCUCAAGGAUGAUGAUGUGCUGUAUGCCAAGCAUAUUCUAGACGCGGAGAAACAUCGUGAAAGAGCACAAGCAAUGGCUAGAGCAGAACAUCAAGCACGAAGCGUCGAGAACGCCUACAAGCGGUCGGUCCACGACGCGAUGGUACAAUAUGAGCGCGAGUGCGCGCAGUUGAAGAAGACCAUGGUGGACGACAUUCUUGCAGAGCUCAAGCUCUUGCGGGACAACCGCGAUGGUGUGAGUUUGGUGCGGAAAGGGUUGGCGCGGUCUGCGCGAUCCAGUCGGGCAAAUGUGACGUACACCGAAGAGCCAGACAUCGACGGUGUGCAGACACUGGCGUCUAGCUCCGCCGCAGAAUUCACAUCAACCACGCCCACUUCAUCGGCCUUCCACGUUACAUUGUCAUCCACGAGACAAAAGCCACCACCCAAGUCCUUUCGAUUGACUGGCGCAUUGGAUCCGUUCCUUGUCCCGCCGGUGUCUGCCGCCAUUGCCCAUGACGAUAUUCAAAGCAUCCUCCGAGCUACGUAUUCCUCUGCUGCAGAAACUCGCAAUGCCCUCCAACAACCUCCCAGAAUCCUUCUGCCUACUAGUCUAUAA